UAGCAACUUUAUGCUGUAAAAGCUAUUCUAUUGCGGAUAUAUUUUUCAGGAUUUUAAUUCCAAAGCCUUCAGAUUAGUGAAUUGCUAAAUUGUCAAUCUACUGGACUUUGUGAAGAAUGGAACCCAUUUUCCGAAAAUUGCCGUCUGGCAUUCCUACAUUAAGUGACAGCAGUGCUGCUAGAGCUGUUAAAGAGGAAAGACGGGAAAAGAAUCGGGCAAAGUGCAAGACUGUUGUCAAGGUCAAGGCGGAAGCACUGCAAGCCGUGCAGAGGAAGGGUGGGGAUGUCACGAAUGUCACGCAUCUCCUUGGACAGUAUACAAUCCAGUUUGGACAGUUUAGGGGAAUGACGUUCAAAUGGUUAUUGGAGAAUGCACCAGGAUGGGUAGCUUUCAUCGUUGCAGACCUUGAGACUUCUGGAGAAUCCAAAAGUUCAGAUGACAGAUGGCUUAACAAGAUGGCCCUCAAAAAAUAUGUAAAUAUAUUUGAUGAGGGAAAACAUCUUGUGAAGAGGAAGAAAGAGGAAAAAGAACGAGCAAAGUCUAGUAUUUCCAAACCAGUUUUGAAGAUGCCAGAGACAGAGGAACAGAUGAAAGAUGAUGACAGUGACUUGGUUGCAUGCUUAGAAGAUAUGGAAGCUAAAAGUAGAGAAGCACAACGUCUCAAGCCAACACCAAAUCUUUCUUCUGCUUCAAGGAAAGAAGUUUCUGUACCUGUAGUGAGCAGUAAGUCUACAUGCUCUGGAACCAGCUUGAAUGUAGCUGUCACAAGCUCCUUGAGUCGAGUUGUCAGUUCCUCAAGUGGAGCUACCAGCUCCUUGAGUCGAGUUGUCAGCUCCUCAAGUGGAGCUACCAGCUCCUUGAGUCGAGUUGUCAGCUCCUCAAGUGGAUCUUCUAGUUCCAUGAGUAUGGUUUCCAGCUCCUCUUCUACAGUUCCUAACUCUUCAAGUUUGUCUGCUGCCAAAGAGAGGAAUCUACUGACAACACCCUCCCAUCAACAACAGCCUAGUACAUCAGCAGGAACAGAAUUAGACCAUGUCGACCUUCUUGUGGGUUGGAAGAAGACACUUCCUGAGAUAGAUCACCAUUGGAUAUCGGAAACCUUCUUCCAUGCUGGGAAACGAGGUGCUGAAUUUGAUUUCAGCAGGGUAACCAAGUUGUGGUAUGAUCCUCCCCAACCCAGCCUAUCCCGUGGUGUGUUGAACAAACCAGAUCGAUACUUUGGUCAUCGGCUGUUUUUGUGGAUGCCUCGCCACUUGUUUCAUGUGCAGUUUCACUGCCCUCACAGUGACUGUAGUGGUAUAUUGACCAAUUCUGGUGUACAUCAGAAAACCAGGAGGGUUUUAGAUGUGGAUUCCUACUACAAUAUGGCAGCAGAGAAUUUGGUUUGUUCGAAGUGUGGGAAGAAAGUCAUCAGCUGGAGUGAAGGUGUACUUGACCAACUGGACAACGCCACAAGAUCCACCUUUCCCUGCAUCCUUACCCUUAAGAAUACCUGUGACCUGAAAGUUGUUCGCCUAAUGCGACAGAGGGGACUUGGUAACAGCAGCAGUGCAGUCAGGAAACAGGUAAGAGAACAACAUGGUGAGUCAUAUCUUAUCAAAUUACAAAUGUAUCUUUCUAAUUGCAGGGAAUUCAAAGCUUCAGUAGACAGGGGUUUCUUUGUGCCGACACAGUUUAGCGAGCCUCCGAUUCCUGCAGAAAUUCCAGGAUACAGUUGGUUCAUGAAGGUAUAUCAGCUGGAUGUUCUUCAACGAGUAGAUUACAUCAAAGCUCACCUGACAUCCCAGUUUGGUAAUAUACUGAAGAUGGAUUCAACGAAGAAGAUCACGAAUAAACUUGCAGGAAAAGGGAGGAAGACCGCCAUGUGGGCCACAAACAUUGGCAAUGAACACGGACAGGUGUUGAUGUCGGUCUUAACUGUUGGUGAAGGGUUAAGCUUGAAGCCAAUGAUUGAUGGCCUUGUUGCACGGUACCGGAAUGGUGAAGUUUCUCCUCCGAAGGCCCUCUAUGUUGAUAGGGACUGCUGUGGAACCUCCUCUGUACGGAAGUACUUUGGUGCAUGGCCUUUCCUUCAUAUAAGGUAUCAAUAUUAUACUUUAAAGAAUUAA